AGAGUGUCGCUGGCGCGAUGACGUACAGUACAGGCGCAGUGAGUCGGCGACGCCGGGACAGCUCUGGUGUGUUGGGGUCGGAACGCUGCUGUCUCUGAGCGCCUUGUAAAAAAUUCUUGAAGUCAUCUGUACCGUCUGCCUGGGAAAAGAUGGUCAACGUCUUGAAAGGAGUGCUUAUAGAAUGCGAUCCCGCCAUGAAGCAGUUCUUGCUGUACUUGGAUGAGUCCAAUGCCUUGGGGAAGAAGUUCAUCAUUCAAGACAUUGAUGACACACAUGUCUUUGUCAUUGCAGAACUGGUUAAUGUCCUUCAGGAGAGAGUAGGGGAACUGAUGGACCAGAAUGCCUUUUCUCUUACCCAGAAGUGAGAGUGCUGGUGUUGAGCACCCGGGAAUCCCAACCACAGACACGAGAGAGAGCCCUGCUCAGUGUCUCAUGGGGUGUAGACUUGUUAUGAGCAUGUGGUAGGAAAGGCUGCAGGGUCGUUCAUUCAGAUGAAAGUCCUCAACUGAUUUUGUUGGACCAUUAAAAAAAAAAUCUUUUUACAGAAGAACUUUAACAGCUGGCUACAAUUUGGCUUUUACCAUUUGUUAUUAAAAUGUAAUCAUAGUUGUGCUGGUGAGAUGGCUCAGUUGGUAAAGGCCCUUGCCACUAAGCCUGACAGUCUGACUAUAAUCCCAGGGCCUACACACUGGAAGGGGAGAACGCCACAGGCUGUCAUCGGACCUCCGUGUGUGUAGCUCCCUCCCACACAAAUAAGGAAAUGGAAUAAAGUGUAACCAUAAAUGUUUUUCCUACCUUUUGAAAACACCAAUUAAAUACACCAGAAAAAUAACGGA